AUGGUUAAAGAGGGAGAUUACAUCCCUGAUGUCGACCUGUUCGAGAAUUCCCCGCGCACCAAGGUCAACCUCGCUCAGGAGCUUGCGUCUGGAAAAGGUGUCAUUGUUGGCGUGCCUGCCGCAUUCUCCCCCUCUUGCUCAGACAAGCAUGUUCCUGGUUAUCUUGCCAGUGGCAGGCUGAAAGAUGCUGGAAAGAUUUUCAUCGUCUCGGUGAACGAUGCUUUCGUCACCAAAGCUUGGGGCAAGGCCCUGGACGAGCAUCAGAGCAGCGGAGUCCGCUUCCUGGCUGACCCGGCUGGUCAAUUCUCCAAAGCUUGGGAUGUCUUAUUCGACGCUACCCCUGCCCUGGGAAAUCACCGAAGCAAACGCUACGCCAUCACCACUCAGGAUGGCCAGGUUGUCAAGGUCUCCAUCGAAGCCGAGCCCGGCGCUGUCACAGUUUCCGGAGCAGCCCAGCAUUUGUGA